GUUCAGUUUCGUCUAGCGACGUGAGGAGAACGUAUCUAUACGUCGCUUUCGUCGAAGUCGACGUUCCGUGCUCGGUAGACACUCGAUAGUGACAAGUGCGUCGCGAAACCCUCGUUUCCUCUCCUAAAGUGUGCCGGUUCCCUGUCAAACUGUGGUGCGAAAUGGAACCGCCGGGAGGGAGAGACUCCCGUUUCAAUCUGGGAUACAGCAUGAACCUCCUUUCUGGGGAAACAGCCCCUGACAUCUACGGUCGGCCUUCCACCAGCUUGCAACAGCUUUCUCCAAGGCACACGAUGGUGUCCAGCGCUUGUGGGGGCAGAUCCUCGGUGCUCAAAUCGGACAUGUACGAUGACAGGGCCGGUAACCAAGGGAUCUCCCAGCAAGGCAUGGGCGGUUUAGAUUCAUGCGGGGUUAACGACAUCAACGAUGAACCUUACGGUGCUAUGCAGUCCAAGAAAUCACCGCCUAGUAAUGGCAAGAAGACCAAAGGCCGUGUCAAGAUCAAAAUGGAGUAUAUCGAGAACAAACUCAGGCGGUAUACGACGUUCUCGAAGAGAAAGACCGGAAUUAUGAAAAAGGUGAGAGACCUAACCUCAAAUUUAGAGAAUAUCCGGGCUGCCGGGAUACAAUCAUUCGUUCGUCGUCUAUUUACAUCUCAUGGUAGUCACAUUUGCUCGUAUUGUCACGCGGAAGUAACUGUAUGA